UCGGCGGGGCCGGGCCGGGCUGGGCGCGGAGCGGAGCAUGGCAGCGCUGGCGGCGCGCUCGCUGCUGGCGGCGGGGCGGGCGGGCCGAGUCCUGCCCGCCGCGGGGGCCGCUCCGCUCUGCACCGUGGCCCCGCAGCAGCAGCAGCAGCAGCCGGCGGCCGACAUGAAGAAUUACCUGUGGUCGCGCUACAAGGAGGCCAAGAAGGUCACCAAGGAGCUGGUUCCUUCAAUUAUGAGUAACAUGCUGAAUCCAGAUGCUAUUUUUUCAAACAAUGAAAUGAGCCUGUCAGACAUUGAAAUUUAUGGCUUUGAUUAUGACUACACCUUAGUCUUUUAUUCAAAACAUCUGCACACGCUCAUCUUCAAUGCUGCUCGAGAUCUUCUUAUUAAUGAGCAUCGGUAUCCUGCAGAAAUAAGAAAAUAUGAUUAUGAUCCCAAUUUUGCCAUCAGAGGACUUCAUUAUGAUGUGCACCGGGCAUUAUUAAUGAAGAUCGAUGCUUUUCAUUAUAUUCAGCUGGGAACAGUUUACAGAGGCCUCAGUGUUGUUCCAGAUGAAGAAGUCAUUGCAAUGUAUGAUGGCUCCCACGUCCCUUUAGAGCAAAUGAGUGACUUUUAUGGAAAGAGCUCACAAGGAAAUACAAUGAAGCAAUUCAUGGAUAUAUUUUCCUUGCCAGAAAUGACACUCCUUUCUUGUGUGAAUGAAUACUUUCUGAAAAACAACAUAGACUACGAACCUGUUCAUCUGUACAAAGAUGUCAAGGAUUCAAUCAGGGAUGUCCAUAUCAAAGGAAUAAUGUACAGAGCAAUUGAAGCAGAUAUUGAGAAAUACAUCUGCUAUGCUGAACAAACUCGUGCAGUGCUAGCAAAGCUGGCUGAUCAUGGCAAGAAGAUGUUUCUCAUCACAAACAGUCCCAGCAGCUUUGUGGACAAAGGCAUGAAGUUCAUCGUUGGCAAGGACUGGAGGGAUCUCUUUGAUGUGGUCAUUGUGCAGGCUGAAAAACCAAACUUUUUCAACGAUAAGCGAAGACCAUUCCGGAAAGUGAAUGAAAGGGGAGUCUUGCUCUGGGACAAGAUUCACAAGCUGCAGAAAGGUCAGAUUUACAAACAGGGUAACUUGUAUGAAUUUCUGAAGCUUACGGGCUGGAGGGGCUCUAAGGUUCUCUACUUUGGUGACCACAUAUACAGUGACUUGGCAGACUUGACCCUGAAGCAUGGCUGGCGCACUGGUGCGAUUAUUCCCGAGCUACGAUCGGAGAUUAAAAUCAUGAACACAGAGAAAUACAUUCAAACCAUGACCUGGCUGCAAACYUUGACAGGAUUAUUGGAGCACAUGCAGGUUCACCGUGAUCCUGAUUCUCAAAUGAUUUUAGAAGAGUGGAAGAAGGAAAGAAAGGAAAUGAGGGAGAUGAACAGGAAUUUCUUCAACGCCCAGUUUGGAAGCAUUUUCAGAACGGAUGAGAACCCCACGUAUUUCCUGCGGCGCCUCUCCCGGUUCGCCGAUAUUUAUAUGGCAUCACUCAGCUGCCUCCUCAACUACGAGCCYGAUUACACAUUUUACCCAAGAAGGACUCCUUUGCAGCAUGAACUUCCUGGCUGGUCAGACCAGCUGUGCACUGGUACAUUCAGGAUACCUUUCCUACAAGAGACAGUUCAGAUCAAAUAAACACUCAAUGGCUCCUCUCUAGAACGGCGGAACAUCUGUUGGUUUUUUUUGGAAUGUACCUGUGUUUUAUUUAAGUCACUGAAACCUGUUACCUUGGUUUAUAUGUGUUUCAUACUUAUUCUCAUAACCUUUGUACCUGUUUUUUAACUCUCCUGCUCAGAUCUGUGGCAUGCAGAAGAGAUGAUGGACUGGUAAAACAGCAGUGGGCCAGGAGGGAGGGCACGUCAGGGGAGGACUGCUGGUGUUCUGGGGUGGUUGUUUUUGGUCAUUGGAAACUUCCAUUGGAAACUGAACUCUUCUGGCCCUUUUCAGCACUCUAGCUGGAGUCUGUAAUGGAUCUUGGGCAUGGAAGAGCUUAAAUCCAGUGUCAGUAAUUCAGAGCCAAGGGUUGGUGUUGCAGUGUCCUUGCUCUGCUGCUCUGGGCUCAGCCUCUGGAGCUCUUCCUUCUGU